AUGAAGAUGAAGAUGUUCUUCAUCUUCUUCAUAUAUAUCAUUUCAAUCCUCCAUUUUUCAGCAGCUGUUGAUGAUACCUUAGCUACGAACCAAACGUUGUCAGAUGACGGCGGAACAAUGCUUGUCUCCGCUAGUCAAACGUUUGUCCUAGGAUUCUUCAGUCCGGGGAGCUCAAGAAACCGGUACCUCGGAAUUUGGGUCAGAAAUGAACCUGAACGGACAGUGGUCUGGGUGGCUAACAACAAUAACCCAAUUCCGGAUUUUUCGGGUGUCCUCAGGCUCACACCCACGGGAGAUUUAAUCAUCAGCAGUACGAAGAACCAAGUAGCAAAUAUAGUUUGGAGGUCAAAUUCAUCCGCCCUGAUUGGUUCAUCGUCUUCGCGAGCUGGAAUCAAGAAUCCUGUCCUGCAGCUCCUGGACAACGGUAACCUGGUGGUGAAGAAUGGGAUUGGGGAUAGCGGCUUUAUCUGGCAAAGCUUUGAUUAUCCAGGCGAUACACUGCUUCCAGGGAUGAAAAUUGGGUGGAACCUGAAAACAAAAGAAGAAUGGUAUUUAAGAUCCUGGAGAAGCCAAAACGAUCCCUCCAAGGGGGAUUUCACGUUUCGGCUAGAUCUUCUUGGACUUCCUACGGGAAUCCUUCGCAAGGGUUCAACAGUGCUUUUCAGAACAGGAACCUGGGAUGGCAGUAAGCUGGGUCAAUAUACCUUUGCUGAUCUAUACAUGAGUGUUAUCAAGUCAAAUUUUGUUUACAACGAUGAAACUGCGUAUUACGAUUUUCAAUGUGUUGAAAGCUCGACUAUUUCAAGGUUGGUGGUGAAUGAGACAGGGCAGAUAACAAUCUCUAUAUGGAGACCACACAAAAAGAAUUCUGGGUGGUUCGUUAUUGGUCCUAUUCAGGUUGACCAUUGUGACCCAUAUGGAACCUGCGGCAAUAACAGCUUAUGCAACCCCAAUAGCCCGAGCCUGUGUGAAUGUCUCGAUGGGUUUAAGCCAAGAUCGCCUCUCGAAUGGCAAUCGCUUCAGUGGUCUAGUGGCUGUGUUCGGAGGAUACCGUUGAAUUGUAGUGAUGAAGCUCAAGGGUUUAGGAAGUUAUCUGGUAUAAGGUUGCCUGAUAGCUCUAGGAUGGUUGGGAACAGGACAUCAAUGAGGAGUUCAACAGAUUGUGAAAAGGUUUGCUUAGGUAAUUGUUCCUGUUCAGCCUAUGCUUGGGCUGAAGGUGUUGGAUGUGCUGUAUGGCAUGGUGACCUACAAGACAUGAGAUUGUUUUAUACUGGAGGACAAGAUCUGUUCAUUCGAAUGCCUGCCUCUCAACUUAUUGGAGCCAGCAAAAAGGGAAAACAUCGAAGGGUUUUGAUUGCAUCAUCAGUAUUGAUAAUCACAGGGCUGUUCCUCCUGGCCAUAACUACCUGGUAUGGCUGUCAUGCAAUGGCUGCUAGAAGGAAAAGAAGAGUUAUACGAAGGGAAGAAAGUCUUGCAUUACUUAGGGACUCAUCAGAGCUACCAAUGAUUGCUUUUGAUGAACUAGUGGCUGCUACCAACAACUUCAGCGACGAUAACAAGCUUGGUGCAGGAGGAUUUGGCCCUGUUUAUAAGGGGAUACUAAUAGAUGGACAAGAAAUAGCAGUAAAAAGGCUAUCAAGUUUUUCAGGACAAGGCACCGAAGAGUUCAAGAAUGAAAUCUUAGUGAUCUCCAAACUCCAACAUAGGAAUCUUGUUCGGCUAAUAGGCUGCAGCAUCCAUGGGGAAGAGAAGUUACUAGUCUAUGAGCAUAUGAAAAAUAAAAGCUUGGAUACUUUGCUAUUUGAUCCAACGAAAAAAAUACAACUUGAUUGGGCAAAACGCUUCAACAUAAUACAAGGUAUAGCGAGAGGGAUUGUCUAUCUCCACCGUGAUUCUUGUUUGAGGAUUAUUCACCGAGAUCUCAAGGCUAGCAAUAUUUUGUUGGAUGAAGACUUGAAUCCAAAAAUUUCAGACUUUGGAUUGGCAAGAGCAUUUAAGGUAACAGAAGAAUUGGCAAAUACUCAUAGAGUUGUGGGAACCUUUGGCUAUAUGUCACCUGAAUAUGUUAUGAGAGGACUAUUUUCUGAGAAGUCCGAUGUUUAUAGCUUUGGAAUAAUACUGUUGGAAGUUAUCAGUGGAAGGAGAAACUGUGGAUUCCAUAACCAAGAUAAUGUCAGCCUUCUCAAUUAUGCAUGGCAAUUAUGGAUUGAAAGAAGAGAAGGUGAUCUGAUAGACGAAUCAAUUAUCAACUCGUGUUCUUUUAUAGAAGCAUUGCGGUGCAUAAAGAUAGGGCUGCUUUGUGUGCAAGACCAUGUAUCAGACAGACCUACAAUGCCAAAUGUAGUGUUGAUGCUGUGUAGUGAAAUAGAUAUUCCUCAGCCAAUGGAACCCACAUUUACAUUUCAAAACUUGUCGGAAUCUGAUUCCAUGUCACACAAUUGA